UGAUUGAAUCUCCUGCUCUAAUCCUCUUACAUGCCACCAAAUUAUGUCUGAGUUGUCAUCAUGAUGCCCACGUCUAAUAAUCUAAUACUCCAACCAAAUCCCAUUAAGCUCCGCCCACCCACGCCAUCGACACGAGUCCAGCAGCUCGACCCAAAACAUUAAAGUCCGAACGCUGUCCACUCCAGCCACACUAAACCAGCAGAUUUAUCAUAAAGAUGUCAGGCUCAGGAGAUGAAGAAGAGGAGGUGCCAGCAACUCACACAGGCCCUAAAGGAGUGAUCCACGACUGGAGGAAAUUUAAGCUAGAAAGUGAGGACCAUGAAAGCAUGACCCAGAAACGGAGGGAGCUCCUGAGACAGAUGUCCAACCCCAGACCCAACGUUGAUGAUGAUCCAGAGAGAGUUAACCGCAAGAUGAGCGUCCAGGAGUACGAGAUGAUCAAGGAGGAGGACGAGCAAAGUCUGAAGAAGUACCGCAAGCAGUGCAUGCAGGAGAUGCACGAGCGCCUGAGCUUCGGGCCCAGAUUCGACAGCGUUUUGGAGCUGGAGAGCGGGGAAGCCUUCCUGGAGGCCAUCGAGAACGAGCACCACCUGACGCUGGUCGUCGUGCACAUCUACGACAACAGCAUCAAGGGCUGCGAGGCUCUGAACAACUGCCUGACCUGCCUGGCUGCCGAAUACUGCACCGUGAAGUUCUGCCGGAUCCAGGCGUCUGUCACGGGGGCUGACGAGAAAUUCUCAGACGACGUUUUGCCCACCGUACUGGUCUACAAGGGCGGGGAGAUGCUGGGCAACUUCAUCUGCGUCACGAAGCACCUCAGCGAGGAGUUCUUCGCCACGGAUGUGGAGAACUUCCUGAACGAGUACGGCCUGCUGCCGGAGAAGGAGUUCGCCGCGUGCUCUGACAAAGAGGAGGAGGAGCACGGGGUGGAAUGAUCUGGAAGGACUGUACUGGUGGAGGAGAGUUAAUGGCAGGUGGUGGCACUACCCAAAGUGAGAGAUCCCAGCAAUACAGAUAGAUUAUGAUAUCAAAUACGCAUAGAACACAUAUUUUGCAGAGUGAGUUGCCAGUUUAUUGAGUACUCUCAUUGGCCAUUUUCUUGGAAACAUCUACAGUAUAGUCAGUAAUAUUGCUGAGAAUGUUCCACCACCUAAAUAAUAAUAGGAUUAUCUAGAGCAGAUAAACAUGAACCCUGAACCUGUUGGGGCCAUUGGUGUCUGGGUGUGGGCUAUGUGAGGGGUAUAAAUCCCUUAGCCUUGAGCUGUGGAGCAGUGGAACUGUGUUCUCUGGAGUGAUGGUCUAUAUAUAUAUACAGUUCUGAUAGACUUUAAACUAGAUGUUGGACCAUUGCUUUGAGAAAUAUUGGAUGGAGCUCCAUCAUUUCAGAAAACUCAGUUCCACUGCUCCACAACUUAAUGAUGGGUUGCUUCACAGUCCUUAACUCAGGUAACAUGCCCCUUUGGGGCCUGUAUGGGGAGCCUAACUAGAAACCAGAAUGGUUUUCCAUGGGAUCCAUGUUGGCCCACAUAAGGCAUAGAGUUCUAAAGCUCUGGACCGAACAAGCUAGGUGUGAAAGCACUGUACAUUUAUGGUCCUUCCACCAAUAAACACUGAUCAUUAUGCGAUUAGGCCUUUGAGAAACCCAAUCCACAGCAAAAAUGUUAGAAGUUCUGACAUGGAGUGUAUGCAAGAUUUGGACUGAUGACUGAUGCUCUGCUUCAAUAAUCAACACAUUUUUUUGUCCUUCAAUAAAACCAUUAAAACUG